ACAAACACGGGCUGGUGGGACACGGCCCUCGAGUCUUGCGUGGCGGCUUCGGCUAAACGGAACACCGCGGAUUUGUGUGGGACACUGUUCCACAGAUGCCAAGGCGAGAGGGCCUGCGAGCGCGUUUUAGUUCCAUUGCUCAGACACUCAUCAACAGACAUCAGCGAGAGAUUCCUAGCGCCAGUGCUAGACCGCGUCCUAGGUAACCUGAAGAAAGGACCUAAGGUCGACCCGGCGCAUCCUGGCUUCAGGAAAUGCUGGGAGGAGUACAUGAUCAGUCUGUAUUUGUUGCUGGUCGCUUUCGAAAAGCUUCCCACGUCGUCUUUAGAAUCGCCAUCAUCAGUUUUGUACAGUGCGACCACUAACGCUACACCCUGGCACCUCGUGAGGGAGACAUGCAGACGAUGCCACCAGCUCAGAGAUAAUUUACACCGCCCCAUGCCAGAUGAUCGGCUCUACCCUAUGUACAGAAAGCUCCAAUGCCUGAUAUACAACGUGAUGUGUGCUGCCAUCUGUCGGCGGCGGCCGGCGGCGCCUCUAUACGAACAACUACUUAGUACUGACGCGUUACAGAAAAUUGUCGAUGAGAGGGAAGAGUAUGUGCUGCCUAUACGCGCUAGCUGGACGCAGCGCACCAAAUCACUCCCCGUGGCGGUCCCGCUCGAGCCCAGCACGCUGUCCCCCUCGCACACGCAGCGCUCGCGCAUCUUCCUUCGCACUCUCUCCGAGGACCCCAUGCUGUUCGAUCUACACUCCAGUGUGGAGGAACAAGUGGAGGUACAAGACAUAUCCCUCGUGGAGACGCCAUUGAAUUGUCACCCUUGUGCCGGCACGCUCACGGCGUUGCUACGCCACGCGGCUGGCGUGUCGACGCUGGCGUCACUAUGGCGUAUCCUGGCGUGUUUACUGAAAGACGGGACAUCGGGGAAGAAUCUCAAGUGGAUAAUAGCUCAGGUGAUAUGCAAUUGUAAAGAAGAGUUGAAGCCGCAAGCUAGUGCUCUGCUCCCGGGUCUGAUCGCCGUGCUCGCCUCUAUUGAUGAGGGAAAGUGUAUGAACGGACUGCAUUUGGAUGUCCUCGACACCAUAUUAUACUGGAAGGAAGACAUCACCAGCGAAGACCUGGACACCAUCAUCCACCACCUCAUCAGGACGUGUAUGGAAAACAGAAGGAAAAACGUGUUCGACGGCUUACUGAGGACUCUGCAGGCGUUCCUGGAGUUGUAUGGCGCCAUACAAGUCGAGUGGAAGAGCUUUGAGGCGUAUUAUGAAGAUCCACACCAUGAAACCCGAAAAGCGUUGUUCAAAAUAAUCAAAACGAUAUCAAAAACCAAAUACAUACCAACAGUACUAUCAAAAAUCGUGGCUAAAUUAGACACAGACCCCUCCAAUGUGUCCGAAUGUUUCGGCUUGGCCAUGGCGUGUGGCAUACCUGGCGAAAAGGGACCGGCGUUGGGGGAAUUUAGGAGAUAUUUGGAGAAGUGUAAUGCGAUCACGAGUUACGUACGUGUACUCUAUUAUGCCUCUUUGGGAUGUGCGGAAUGCUGUGGGGAGCAAGAAUUCAGGAAAAUAGCGGACUACGUAACCAAAGUGACCUCUUCAGACCGAACCAAGUGCCUCCACAUACUGUCAUGUUACCUGUCACGCGGACGCCGCAGCCAAUACGUCGCCGACAUGUUUGACACGAUAGACCUGCCUCACAUGAUCGAUAAGGACCAGAAAGCUCUACUGCUAGUAAAACACGGGUUACCUCUGAUGGACGAGACAAUGAAAAGGCGCUGCGUGGCUCAGAUCGCUGCGUUAAAGCCUGCCACCGCAAAAGUUCGAAAACUCGUGGUAGACGUCAUACAGAAGGCUUACGAAGAACUCUUCACCACCCCACCACAGCCACCAGCCAAGCGACAGAAGACAGACACCACUCCCAUCCUCAGCGUGAGCAGAGAUGAUGUAUACACCAACAGUAUAUUGACUUGUCUCGGAGUGUACGCUGUGGAUCCAGAUGCUGAGGUUGCUGGGGCAGCUAGGGAAGCGUUAGGGGCACAUUUGGACAAGGACUUAGGGGCAAGUAUUCUAACUUGCCUCGGAGUGUACGCUGUGGAUCCAGAUGCUGAGGUUGCUGGGGCAGCUAGGGAAGCGUUAGGGGCACAUUUGGACAAGGACUUAGGGGCAAGAUUUGCAGAAUGUUUCUUAUUGGCCGUAUACUCACCCGCACACACGGACAAGCCGCCAGACGUGUGUGUGUGCGUGUCGGCAUUACUGGAGAUGUUGCUCGGCGGGGUGCGGAGCGCGGAGGGGUUUAAGGAAAUACGGCUGAGAGAGGAGCCGCUACCAGUCAAGGAGGAACCAGGGUCGAGAUUACUGACGCUCAGCAAAACGUUCCAAGGCACGUUCGGGAGCUACACCGCGACGAGAGGACGGACACGCACUCGAGGCAAUUCCAGUACUGCAAGAUCAGAUGCUAACGAUUCGGCGAUUGACGUUCAAAUAACGAUCGAUAGUAUACUGCAAACGCUGUUCGAUUUCGCUAAGACAUCAACCGUUGCAGCUCGUUCACUACUCAUAGAAAUUCUACGCUCCGUUUUAUCUAACACCAAAUUCGAUUUGACAGCUACACUAGUCCCACUGUUGGGCACAUUGCUGGGCAGAGAGCCCACGGAUCUGACACCUUUGUAUAUAGAUGUGUGCAGAGUGCUAGAGGGGAAAGUAGGUCUUCUGGCCCCAUUGGAGAGGCUCCGGGCCCUUACAACGGGCUCUGAGGGCGCUGCGCUUACAAGGCUUUUGUAUGAAGAGGUCGCUAUGAGGUGUUUGGGAGACUCCAUGUUCCGACUAGGACAACCAGAGGACAUCCAAGAUGUGGUUAUGAAUGAGACAUCGACGUUUUCCAUUGAAGAUCUGAAAGACGCUUUUGGAAAGUUGUCAAACUGGGACGAUCUUAGCCUGCAACAGCGGAGAGCGAUCAGGGGCACCCUUCCCCCCCUCUGGACCGACAGGAGAGAUUUUAUUACUUUACUGGACUUCUAUCAAGUGCCUCAAAACGCGGAAGGUUGGUUUGACAAGAUGGCCGCCGCGUGUAAACAACAAACUGUCAACUCUUGGCGCUGGCUGCGGAAAGCCGAGCAGUGGCCGCGGAGGCACUUCGAGAUAUCUGCUAUAACAGAAGCGUUGUCAUGGCAACACGACCCUACCGAAACUAUGCCCUCACAACUUUUCAAGACUUCCGACUGUCUCGCGGAAUGUGCGGCCAGGCUCAUGAUCAGAUCGUCAUAUUACAACUCGCUCCAACUUAGCGAAAGAGAUGACAAGACAAGCAAGCUGUCCCGCUCGCACGAGUUGAGAUGGUGCAUGCGAGCGAACGAGAUGGGCAUACCGAACGUAGCGCUACAAUGUGUCGAGAGAAACGUAGAAGAGCUAAGUAAGGACGAGACGCUGACUUGGUUGAGACAGAAGCUACUAGCGCUCCGACAAACGGCGCUACAGCGGGAAAACCCGGAACUAUUGCGGGACGUGCUGAAGAAAGCGGAAAAGUACACUCCGCAAUACUCGACCGAUCCUUUAGUGUGUAUAGAAAUGUACCAUCUGAUGCUACAGCUCCAUAAUGAUCUAAACUCUCUGCAGCACCACGAUUUGCAAUCUAUACUGGUGGCAGUUGGCCGGUCGUCCUCACAGGUUGACUGGAGCACGCGCUCCAAAGAGACAGUAAGCUCGGUGUUCGAAAUAGCCGUGGGUCACUAUGAUAAAGCACUGGAAACAGGUACAACAGACACAGAAAGUGCUCUAUCCAACAUGUCUGCGGUGGUUUCUCGCGCGGCCGCUCUCAACACGUCCAGGACUGACAUGUUGCUAGCUGUUCUGCUGAACAGGCUGAACGGGCUCCAAGGACAAUUAGAAUUGGAGACAACACGAGAUUUACUACAGAAGCUCGCGCCUAUACUACCCACACUCGAUGCGUUCUCCAUAGAGCUACUAGAAAAGAACGCAUAUAAAUUCCCACCAGAGCUCCAACGGACGCUAGCCGCCAUCUUGCCUAAGGAUGCCAGCGUCGAGAAAUACAGGCGGUGCUUACAAUUAGUCUGCGAUCCAAAUCACUUGCUGACGCACUAUUGUGAAGAGCUAGUGAUGGCUUUGAGAGAUAAAGACCCUGUCAAAUGGAAGAGUACAUUGGACAGAAUGAGAGAGAAGAUAUUUGACAACCCGUACGCCGGACCGAGCUACACACUACUCGAAAAAUACAAGGACGAUUUGUAUGGGAUGUAUGAAUUUGAGACAUCAUUAGAAUUCGCUCCCCGCGCAGAAGCCAAGCUGAAAUCUAUCGUCUUGUCCAUAAGAAGGGAACCUCAAUCAACCCUUAGACUGUCGGACCUCUGUCCAACACUACUCCAACCCCUUGACGAGGGGGUCGAGAGGUGGUUCGGCUUGCGGGGGGUUAAGAUCGUCAAGUUUUAUGACAAGGUUCAAGUAUUCACGGACUCUAUCCGUCGCCCCGUUGUCAUAUCCAUGUUGCUGUCAUGUGGCCGCACACACCGCGUCAUACAGAAGACGGGCGAGCCACUGACGCGCGACGCGGCGUCACAGCGCGUCGCGAGCGUCGCGUCACGGGGGAGUAGUUAUAGUGUGACGUUGCUAGACGAGGAAAGCGCUAUGAUCGAGUUUCUAGAAGGCCACGAACGACUGAGGACCAUGAUUGCUACCACUUGUAACUUAGAUGUGCUGCAUGGCGUAAGUCGUCCGGCCGACGGUCGCCUGGCGGAGUCCCCGGCAGCCAGCAUACAAGCGCACGAACAACUCUGCGCGAAAGUUCCCGCAAACGCUCUAAGAUCUGCUAUGGAACAGACCAGCUCCUGUGUGCAAGACUUCAUCUGGAAGAAACGCAAUUUCACGGACUCGCUAGCAGACAUGACUCUUCUCACUUGGCUGUUGGGUCUGGGCGACCGACACCUACAAAAUAUAAUGUGUUCGCGCGCCGGCGCGGUGCGGGCUGUGGACUUCGGCGACGUGUGGCGCCGCUCGGAGCUCCCCGCCAGGCUCACAAGGAACUUGCUUGCAGUCGCAGACAUACAAGUAUUAGAAGCCCGUUUGCAGUCGUCAAUGUCAGCCAUGCGAGGCUCCGCUCUCCUGCUUGAGGCCGCUAUCCGCGUCGCUUUCCAUUGGAUGGAGUCCGAAAUACAUGACCAGAUGCGGCACGUUCGCGGCGUCCUCCGCGGCGACGCGUCAUCGUAUGACGUGUGUCGUGACGUCACGAGCCGCUCCCAACACAAAUAUAAAGAGAAAUAUAUACAACUCUUGGAUCGUACGCUUGGGGACUCGCACAGGGACCAAUACAGCGUCGAAGAACAGUUCAACUCUAGCGGCAGAACAUUGCAGUAA